UCGGUGUCCGCGGAUCGCGGAGUGACCGUACAGCGUGGUGGAGAAGUGCGUGGAGGAAAUCCGCGGGUCGAUGUGCACAGGUCCGAGGAGACGCACCGACACUUGGCCUCGCUCGGUGGCAGUUCCAGUCCGAGAGAAGAAGUUCAUAUGGAAUGGCAUCACGAGGGUCGUCGUCGCCGUCGACGCUGCCGAUCGCGAUAGCGAUGGCCGCCGUGAUGACAGUCGUGGCUAGUGGCCUCUGCCCGGCACGAUGUCGAUGCGACGACGAGAGCUUACGGGUCUCGUGUGCCUACGCCGGUCUCGAGGUCGUGCCGAUCCAGUUGAACCCGGAGAUUCGCCACUUGGACCUGUCGAACAAUCGUGUGACCAAUGUACAUCUCACUUUCGGUUUCUACGGAAAUCUAGAAAGCCUCGACCUGAGCUCGAAUCUCCUUCACACGUUGGGCCUGGCGAAUUUCGGCAUGCAGCAGAAUCUGAUCACGCUUAACAUCAGUAGCAACAUGAUCCACACUUUGGCGAGGAACGCUUUAGACGGACUGACGUCUUUGAAAGAAUUGAACUUGGCCAGCAACAAUAUCUCGGAGAUAUCCGAACAGGCGUUCAAGUCCAUCAGCGAGCUGGAAGUGUUGGAUCUAAGUGACAAUUCGAUCACGAGUCUAUCCGACGAGUUGUUAAAAAACCUGCAUAAGAUACGGACUCUGAUUCUGAACAAUAACUCGCUAUUAGAAGUGCCGACGAAUAAUCUGGCUCUGGCGCCAAGUCUCGAGCGUGUAGAUUUGUCGGAUAACUUGAUACUGGAGCUCGACCGAGAUUCAUUGCCAUCGUUACCAUCGUUAAUCUCCCUAAAUCUAUCGAACAACGUCAUCAGGUACAUCGCCGACGUUGCAUUUGAUCGUCUGCCGGAUCUCCGGUAUCUGGACUUAUCCGGGAACAAUCUGACUUCCGUGCCUACGGCCGCUCUGGCCAGAUUGAACGUUCUGACAGGUCUCGUUUUAAGUACGAAUCCCCUUGGAUACUUGGAGGCCGUAGCCUUUCGCAAUUUGUUCGAGCUGAGGAUCUUGGACCUGAAUGACUGCAUGAUCGCAAACGUGAACGCGCGGGCGUUCGCCGAUAACGUGAACCUCGAGCGCAUCUCGAUGGACGGCAAUCGGGAAUUGAAGGAGUUGCCAGCGCGAGUUCUUUACGGAGCUCGGUACCUCAAGUGGGUCUCGUUACGUCGAUGCAGUUUGGCGACCCUGCAGCCGACGCAGUUUCCUGUGGACGGGCUGUCACAUCUACGAGUUGGCGGCAAUCCUUUGGUGUGUAACUGCUCAGUGCAUUGGCUUUGGAACGUGAUUCGCGCCGAGGAGCGUCGGAACGAGACACGACUCGAACUGGACACCCACGACAUCGUCUGCAGCGACGAAGAAUUCGCUGGCAGAGCGCUGAUCGCACUCUCUGAGGGCUCCCUGCGGUGCCGCCUGAGUCCCCUGUAUCUAUCGCUGUCGGCCGCUGGUUGUUUCUUGGCGGCCGCGGCCGUGCUCACCCUGAUCGCGCGGUUAACUCGCGCGAAGAGGAAGAGACAGUCACUGGCGUACGCGGCGCCGAAUCGUCCCGAGUUUCUGGUCUACGUCGGUAGGGGUGACAACGGGCUGGACAAAAGCGCCGAGUCGUACAGCCGCCGACUGUUGGCCAGAAACAACGAGGACAUCUCGUACGAUUCGCCGCGCGGCAAAGUGGCGGCUGCGAUGGCGGCGACGACGACGACGACAGAUUACAGCCCGCAAUCGCGGGAAACGAACAUCUACGAGACGCCGCGGUAUGCGCAUCCUGGACGUCGCGACGCCGUCGAGCCUACGUUGCAGGGCAAGCAACCUCCAGUGGAGGAAGGGGUGUACGCAGUAGCGGACGUGACAGAUCUGCGGGAUGAGCCUCCAGAAGUGCUAUCGCUUUAUCGUGCACGUAGUCCUCCCGUCGCCAGGUCGAACGCUCUACGACGGUUGGACUACAGUUACGAUUACGAGUACGAUUACGAUUACGGACCGACGGCACCGCCAUCGCCGCCGCCAUCGCCACCACCACCGUUAUCCGAGAAACCGCAUGUCGUCUUUGUAUGAGGGGAGUUGGGCGGUCGGAGGUCGUAAGCUGGUGGGUCCAGCUGCGGCGGUAAUCAGCGAAUCUGGGGAUAGUCUAGUCGUUAGGCGGAACCAGAUACGCCGUCGACUCCGUAUCACGGGCCUUUAACUAUCCGAAACUGUCUCGAGAUUAUUGCCUCAGCGCGACGUCUUGAUACUUGAGGCGUUGCGCCGUAUAUGUGUCGAGAGGGCCAGGGUGUGUGCGCUGGGACUUGGAGUGGCCGCGAGAAUGGCACGAGAAAACACGAAAGAUUUUACACCACACUUCGAAUCGCCAUUCGAUCGUUAAAUUUGCACGAGGUACGACAUUGUUUGGAAACGAGUGCAUCGGUCCUAUCCGUGUUAACUCUCGUUAUCGGUCACCCUACGUCUCAUUACAUAUGAGAACCAACGAACUGCAGGUGCAUUUCAGCACGGCUGAAGCAACGGUAAUGUUCGUUCGCACGGAUGGGCACGGAGAGAGAAGAGAAAGAAAAAGAAGAUAAAAAGAACGACAUCCUGUGUUCCAGACAGUUUGUACCGCGGUAAGACGCAAGAGUGGCGUCGAGAUUGUGGGUGGACAUUACUUUCCACUUGGUGUUGGAAGAAUGAUCGAUACCGCCGUCGUCGUCGUUUCGUCGUCGUCGUCGUCGUCGUCGUCGUCGUCGUCAUCGUCGUCGUCGGAAAAGCGAUUUAUCCAAAAUUCUGUUGCUCGAAUGAGAACUGGUGGUGCUUUUGGCUCGUAAGAAACCGGCGGGAUUACGACGUGCAACACGCUGAAAUUAUCCCCCCAGGACAAACAGAAGCAACCGUGGACGAGUGAAAAUGAAAUGUCUUCCGAGAUAGUUGCGCCGCUGCUAGAGAGAAAGAGAGUGUGUGUGUGUGUGUAUGAGAGAGAGAGAGAAAAAGAGAGAGAGAGCAUGAAAGAGUGAGAGAAAGAGAAAGCCAGGAUGCAUUCUCACUGAGGGAACACAAUCUGACUCGGAAUGUAAAUUGUGUGGGAGCGCAAGAGUACGUUGUACUGGCCGGGUCAUGAGAGGGAAAGAGAACACAAGAGGAACCCGUAUUUAUUUUGCGAGGAUUGCGAGUUUGAAAUCCGCUAGCUCAGUGCGAAUGCAGUGGCCCGAUUCUGCCCGGCGAGCAUUCGUUUUGUCGGAUCCGUUUGAACAAGUAGUGACAAAUCAAAUCAAAGCUGCGUCGCGUUAGUCGAUUAAAGGUCCUCUUAGAGAUUACUAGCUAUCUAGAAAUUAAUACUCUUCGCUCCAGACUCGGGGGUUUAUAAUUAAACUAUUGUCAGCUACGUUACAACCGUCAAGGUUGAUUAAUACAGCUCUUAUUAUCCCCCUCCCCCCGUCCCGCCUCGGAUAUUUAAGUAUCCGAAACAUUCGUUUAAGCUCGGACUCGGUUUCGCACGUAUCAGUAAGUAUUUGAGUAUCCGGAUCCAAAUUUCUUUACUUACACUAACACGAAUUUCUAGAAGUUAUUGAUCAUUCGAAUAAUAACUGAACGGUGAAUAUAAAUUAUUAAACUUUUUGUAGCGCUGGAUAUGAAAGCUGACUCCAAUAUUUGUAAUUGAAAGUCCAUUUGCUAGAUAUUUGAUCUUUUCGUAUUCAAAUUGAACGAGUAUCCGGAUACUCGGUCGCUCUCGAAGCUUACAAAUUUGAGCUGCGCGAUCGAGAGCGCUAUUAAUAAAAGAACGAUAAGUCGUUUGCUGAAAAGUUACGUUAACAGGUUUCUCCACACAAAACAUGCUUAAGGGAGCAAAAAUUACGUUAUAAAUCGCGAAUUCGACUUUUUUCCCUCUUUUGCGACUGACAUAGGGAGGGAUCCCUCGUUCGUACGAAGUAUUGUAAAUUGAAGCAAUAAUAGUUAUGACCUUUUACUCUGUAAGCACAUUACACACCGAAUAUAUUUAGGGAAAACUACAAAGGACACAUUUAUA